AUAUUUUGUAAUGCUACAACAAAAAAACAUUUUUUUUUUUGGAAUUGAUGUGAUAGUCCAGAACAAAGCAGCACAUGAAGUGUAGCGUGCAUGUGGAUUCAGCUCCCUUUAAUCCGAUACCCUUAAUUUAAUGAUGCCUCAGAAGUCAACUGAUUAGUGAAUAGAUUCCACUUAUGUGUAAUUUAAUUUCAGUAUAGAUCCAGCUGUUCGGUGAAGGCCUCAGAGGUUUGUUGGAGAACAUUAGUCAACAGAUGGCAUCAUGAAUAUAAAGGGACACAGCAGACGAUCAGGAACAAAAGUUGAGUAGACAUUUGGAGCAACGUAGGUUAUUAAAAAAAACAAUGUCAUGAGCAUUUAAACCCAUCCUCAGUUAAAAGAAAUGAGCACACAGCUACAAACCGACCAAGACCUAAAAGGACAGGAUGAGCAAGGUAAGUAUUUAUCUAGGAAGCUGCCAAUAGGGCCAUGGUAACUCUGGAGGAGCUGUAGCGAUCCACAGCUCAGAUGUGAGAAUGUGCUGACAGGACAACUGUUAAUCAUACACUCUCUACAAAUCAGGACUUUAAGGAAGAGAGAGGCAGUAAGAAAACCAUUGUUGAAAGAAAAACAGUUUGACAUCUGUAAAUACCCAUGUAUGGCACGCAGCAAACACGUGAAGAAGGUGAUCUGGUCAGAUGUGGAAAAAAAAAAAACCUUAAAGUUUUGGCCUACACUGAAAAUUCCCUGUCUGUUGGAAACCCGAAUCUACUAAUUCCUCUGACCUCCAACGCAUCCCCAUGGGGACCAAUGGCGUUGGCUUCUUCUGCAGGAUCAGGGGAAGUAGUCUGAAUUAUGAGUUAAGCAAAAGCAUCGGUGCAAUCAAGGGAUGACAACUUGCUAAAAGGAUGCAAACUGCUCUACAGGGUUCACCUCCCAGUCUCACCGUGUGAGUGGGAGGUGCCACGCAAAGCAAUGGAUCAAAGCAUAUUCAUGCGGUAGAGUGGCCAAGUCAAAGUCCAGAGCUACAUCUCCAUCCAAUCUGACUGAAAAUGCGUCAUCUGGAAAAAGUACAAAACGGACAAAGCUGGUAGAGACGCAUCCCAAAAGAAUCCCAGCUGCAAACAGCAGCAAAGGGGGGCGAACAAAAUACGCUCAAGUUUUCUGUUGUGACGUGACACGGGGUGGAAAAGUUGAAGGGGAUUGAAUACUUUUGCUUGACCCUGCGUGCUGAGGAAGACAUCCAUCAGCCGCUGCUGGCCAAUAAAUUGCUGUCAGAAUUAAAGCACUCAGAUGAGUGUGCAGCACAGAGCGGCAUGAGAUGACAGACCCUCCCUCUGACGCGCUGAGACGGCUCUGAGAACAGUCGGUGUUUGUCAGAGCGCAGCGCAGCGCAGCGCACCGCGGAGCGCGCAGCUCCGGACGCACCUGAGCGCUCCAUCGCUGAGGAUCGGGGCGGCAGCCUCCCACCUGCUCGGAGCCCGUCUCUCUCACGCGCACCGUCGCUCCUGUGCAGCGUCCGCCACGUCGCCUCGGACGGAGAGAGGGACCGACAGGCCGGCGGACGGUCGCUGAUGCCGACUUCCAGCUGCGCCUUGUUUGGUAGUGUGCCGCGGACAGAUGCUCGGUGUUUUCCAGACGCGUCCUCUGGUGAAAGCGCGAAGACCAGGAAGUCCUGGGAGCUCAGCGUGAAAUCCUGCCACCAUGUCCCGCACCAUCUGCGUGGGAAACUUAAAGGCAUGCUGCGUGGCGAGGGGCGCGAUCGUGCGAACAAGCUGGAGCAGAUGGACUCAAGCCCCACAUCACACCCGAGACAACUUUUGCUGCUGAAUGGGUGACAAGCUCUCAGUGGCUUCAGAUUGUCAACGCAUUGUGCAGGACAGGGUCCCCCAGCCGGGUUCGCAGGGAUGUACCAGGAGGUGGCCUUCCUGGCAGGCAACGCUGAGCGCCAGUUCACGCCCUUCCGCUUCAAACGUGUGGAAAAUCCACAGGAGGUCACGUCCAAAAAGGGUUUGUUCUACAAGAGAGCCCAGGUUCUGCUGCAGCCUCAGUCCAACCCGCAGGACGGAGAGCAGACAGGCCUACCUGACCAGGCAGCCAUAAUCAACGUCGGGGGGAUCAAGUAUCACAUCCCCUGGUCCACGCUGGACGAGUUCCCGCUCACGCGACUGGGCAAGCUGCGCAGCUGCAGCAACGAAGCCGAGAUCAUGGACGUGUGCGACGACUACGACGGCAGCCGCAACGAGUACUUCUUCGACCGGAACCCGUCUGCUUUCCGCAUCAUCGUGACUUUCCUGGCGGCCGGGAAGCUGAGACUACUGAGGGAGAUGUGUGCCCUGUCCUUCCAGGAGGAGCUGCUGUACUGGGGCCUGGAGGACGAUAACCUCGAGUGGUGCUGCCUCAGGAAGCUGCGUCUAAGGCAGGAGGAGUACAAGGAGCAGCAGAGGCUGGAGGAGGAGGAGGCCGAGCUCACCUCCCCACAGUCCUGCGAGGAGAGCCAGCCGCCUCCGCCGGUACCGGAGGAGACCCUCUCAGGGGGCUGCAUGCGGAGGCUGAGGGACAUGGUGGAGAACCCGCACUCGGGCCUGCCCGGCAAAAUCUUCGCUUGCCUGUCCGUGCUGUUCGUCGCCAUCACUGCUGUAACGUUGUGCGUCAGCACCAUGCCCGACCUCAGAGAGGAGGAGGAGAGGGGCGUGUGCUCCCAGAGGUGCUACAACAUCUUUGUUCUGGAGACGGUCUGCGUCGCCUGGUUCUCCCUGGAGUUUCUGCUGCGCUUCAUUCAGACCCAGAGCAAGUGCAUGUUCCUGCGUACGCCGCUGAACGUCAUCGACGUGGUGGCCAUCCUCCCUUACUACAUCACCCUCAUCGUGGACUCCAUGUCUGUGGAAGGCAAGCCUGCGGGCUCAGGGAACAACUACCUGGAGAAGGUGGGUUUGGUCCUCCGAGUUCUCCGGGCCCUGCGCAUCUUCUACGUGAUGAGGCUGGCCCGCCACUCCCUGGGCCUGCAGACGCUCGGCCUGACGGUGAAGAGGUGCACGCGGGAGUUCGGCCUGCUGCUGCUCUUCCUCUGCGUGGCCAUGGCUCUCUUCUCGCCGCUGGUGUUCCUCGCCGAGAGCGAGCUGGGCGCCAAGCAGGAAUUCACCAGCAUCCCCGGAAGCUACUGGUGGGCCGUCAUCUCCAUGACGACGGUUGGCUACGGCGACAUGGUGCCCAGGAGCAUCCCGGGUCAGGUGGUGGCCCUCAGCAGCAUCCUGAGCGGCAUCCUGCUGAUGGCCUUCCCCGUCACCUCCAUCUUUCACACCUUCUCCCGCUCGUACGUGGAGCUGAAGGAGGAGCAGAACCGAGCGCUGAGGCAGAAGCCGGACUCGCAGGACAGCACCAAGUCGCAGAACAGCGAGGACUCCCAGGAGACGGACAGCUACCACGGCAUGGCGGAGGCUACGGCGGCGGCGGUGCAGAGGAGGAAGUCCAUGGCUGCGCAGAGGGCUGCGGAGAUCAGAGCGUCCAUGCACACUCCUGGCACGGACCUCAGGCGUCCGUGCCAGGCCGAGGUCAAGUGACGUUCCGGGAGUGCUGGGAUGCCCAUGCUGAGAAUUCAAAGAAGACGAGCUGCAGAACAGCGAGGGAAGAGGAGAUUUUCUUCUCUGGAGCUUCUUGUUUUGAUUGCGUGACACGCCCGUGCGUCAGAGUGUAUCCGAGGGUUGCCAGUUUUACAAAGAAGCAGCAGAGAUCUUUUCUGUUCCUUGCAGAGGUCAUACUUCAGAAGUUGAGAAAGAGCACAACAUUCCUUAUUAAACACCUUUAGAAACAUUAGACUGAACACCGGGAAGCUUGUGAAAAGGAAAUCUAACACCACAGCAUCACAUCCUGUUCUUCAGAGCCUGGCCUGAAAUGCACACUGUGUUUUAUUCUGAAAUAAAGAUGCUCGCUAAUUGAUCAAAAAUGCAUUCAUUAAGGAUAUAUACAGCAGAAACCAGAUAUGUACAUUUACUGUGUUUUUUAUAUAUAU